GCCAUUAAAGUCAGCUGAGCAAGGUGGCGGCAUCACUUCCAACAUGGCCGUAGGGUCGUGGUGUUUGCAAGUUUUUCGCUCUGUUUGCGGAUUGUUGUUGGGGAGCAACUGCGGUUCGAUGAUGACUUUGUUUUUGCUACCUCUCUUGCUGCUGCUGUCGUCCGUGCACAUUGUGUUUAAUGGUGACACACAUUUAAACGUGAAACGGAGCGCUGCAUAUCCAAGGCCAAACGCAGCUGUAACGGAAGAAGUAGGCAGCUCUGGCUCAUCGAUGUUACUGGAUCCCAAAUUUACAUUCGAUCUCAGCAAGGAAGAAGUUGUUUGGGAGUGGCAGAAAUGGAAUAGCACGAAAUCUCUAAAUAUUUUAGAUCACGUCCCUCGUAGAUCUUACAUAAAGUUUCCAAGUGAACAAUUCAAACGCCGUUUACAGUUCAAUAUUUCUAAUGGGGCGCUGACGAUAAAUCCACUGGAACGCCGUGAUCAAGGAACUUACAUGGUAUACAUACAGGGGGAAAAGAAGAAAGAACUACAUUUGCAUGUUUACGAAGAGCUGUCUGACGCUAUGAUACUGGCCAACGCCAGCUCCCUCGGUUCCACCAUCCAACUCACCUGUAAUGUCAGCGGAGAUGAUCCUGGGUAUCAGUGGUGGUUCAAAGGAGGAGAAAUCUUGGGGCAUCACCAGCUAAUGGAUGGGAACAGGACUCUCAUUAUUCCAGUGGCUUCAGCACGUGACUGUGGAAUCUUCAGCUGCGAGGCAACCAAUCCCGUCAGCUCCGUCAGGGCAAAUUACACUCUAGCUGUUCCUGGCUUUCUCCUCAAGACCAUCGCAAUCGUGGUGCUGUUUAUCAUAGAGCUAGUGGUUUCGUUGCAUCAUAUCUUGCCAGUGCUUCUUUGCCACUGGAAAAUGGAAUCGGGUAAAGCCCCGAAGAACCAAAAAUGUUUGCUGGGCUUGAAUCUCAUUGAUAUUCUGCUUCUUGUCGGUUUCUUCAUUACUUUUAUAUACUGGAUUAUGCUUGAAGAUGCUGCCUUUAUAUUAGUGCUGGUUCUAUGCCCCAUGUUUGCUCAGCUUCUGGCUUUGAUUCUACCAUUCAUUAUUCCGAAGUUAAGUUGCCCAUCUAUUGAAUGUCUCCAAAAAUUUCGCAGGGCUUGCAACUGGACUUUCUAUGUCGUCAUGGUCAUCACCUCAAUCGUGUUCUUUGUGAUUUCUGGAAACAAUCCAGGAUGUGACAGCAGCCUGAAAAUCUGGAGCAUUUUCUUCUCUACAAGGAUUUUGAAUGUGGUGAUAUUUUUCUUAUCCGUUGUGGCCCAAUACUGUAGAAACAAACAUAGAAGUGAGAACGGCAGCACUGUCAAAGGAGAGCAGGAUAUUGGAGAAUUGCAGGAAUUGAAGCAGCCUGCACCAGAUCAUCCAGCUGAUCAGUGAUCUCUGCCACCUCAUGUACAGUGAUCAUACACCUGAGCAAAAAUUCUUGCUGUUUUGGUUUGUAAACUGAUGAACUCAGGCAAACACUGAAUAAUGUAUUUGACUUUAUAAAACUUAAUAUAUUCAACAUUUUUAGCACUUUUAGAAAGUAAAGUUACAUUCUGAUAGCUGAUAUUACAGGCAGGAAAUGCAUCUGGGCUGCUUGUGCAAUACGCAGAAAACGGGAGGAACUGUGUUGGCGUAUUCCUUGUUGGUAUAACCGAUACAAUUCACUGUACAUUUGUACACAUGACAAACAAGAAAUCUGAAUCUAGAAUGUCCAAGUUCUUAUGGUGGGUUGUCUGAAGGAGUUCAAAGUGAUUUAAAUCCCCACGCAUGUGUAGAAUCUCACUGGUGUAAAAGCAUCUGCACUAGAUACAGUAAAUUAAACUAAUGCAUUCGGAAGGGAUGUGCCUCUGCUGGAGGGAAGGUGGUGAUGAGGAAUUUGUAGGGGAAAGUGCUUGCAUGGAUAAGUGGGGGAAAACAAGCAGAUAAGAGAGGGGAGCAAAGGGAGCAAAGGGAAGAUGUUCUUGAUGAUGGGAUCUUGUCCAUUUCUAUAUGUAGAUGCUGCUUGACCCGCUGAGAUCCUCCAGUAUUUUGUGUGUUGUUCCAGAUUUUCAGCAUGAGCAAUUUUUGUAUGAAAACACUAUUUAAAUUUUAAACUUUUUAUAAAUUGCUGCUUGACCCACUGAGAUCCGACAAUAUUUUGUGUGUUCCAGAUUUUCAGUAAUAGCAAUUUUUGUAUGAAAACACUAUUUAAAUUUUAAACUUUUUGUAAAAUUUAAUAUAAUGUAUAUUUGAAACACUUUUAUAACAGUUUUAUAAAGCUAAGAUGAAAAUCUUACAGCUGAUUUGCUGUAGGUGAUAAUUCUGUACUGUGAUGUCACAGCUUUUGGAGUAUUAAAGGC